AUGGCGAAACAGUAUCAGCUUCCCUUUCAGCUGGAUGACCCAACUCUGCUGCACUUCGACUCCUUCAUCAACAACGAAUGGGUUACAGCAGCCGAUGGCAGCAGAUUUGAAGUCUCUGACCCAGGCACCUCGCUACCAUGGGCCAGCUGUCCCAAUAAUUCCGCCAUCGAUGUCCCGAAGGCCGUCGAAUCCUCCCAUGCCGCCUUCGAAAAGUUCAAAAAAAUAAACCCCCGCAUCAGAGCUCAGCUGCUGAUGAAAUGGGACGGUCUGAUCCGCGACGCACGGUCGGAUCUGGCCAAAAUCCUCACCCACGAGACUGGAAAGCCAAUUGCGGAGGCGUACGGCGAAAUCGACUACGCCCUAGGCUUCACAUGGUGGUUUGCAGGCGAGGCAGAGAGAAUCCAGGGUGGAAUUUCCAUCCCCUCAGCAGCCAACAGACGUGUAUUUACCAUCAAGCAGCCCAUUGGUGUCGCGGCGGCAUUGAUCCCAUGGAACUUUCCCAUCGCCAUGGCAUUGCGAAAGGCCGCUGCAGCCUUCGCCGCCGGCUGCACGAUGAUCAUCAAGCCCAGCCCGAAACACAAUUACCACUCUCGUUAUAGCCCAUCUCGCCCUAAAGGCGACUUUCCACUGCGUCUCAACCGAAGCGCUCUGCAAGCACCCCCUCGUCAAGAAAGUGACGUUCACCGGCUCCACCGCUUUGUUGGAAAAUUAAUUGCCGCCCACUGCGCCCCGGGCCUGAAAAAAGUCACCCUGGAACUGGGCGGGAACUGCCCCUUCAUCGUCUUCGACGAUGCAAACCUCGAGCAAGCCCUGGACCAGCUCAUGGCUCUCAAAUGGCGCCAUGCCGGCCAGGCCUGCGUCACGGCCAACCGCAUCUACGUCCAGAGCGGCGUGUACGAGAAGUUCAGCCAGAUGCUCAAGGAAAGAACCAGCGCCCUUGUCGUGGGCCAUGGGGCCGAUCCAAACACCAACAUAGGCCCCGUAACCACCCCACGCAGUCUCGAUAAGGCUUCUAGCCAGGUCGAGGAUGCGGUUAAACUGGGCGGGAAAGUAAUUUUGGGCGGCGGUCGGAAAAAGGACUGUGGCGGCGGCUAUUUUUUUGAGCCUACCAUCAUUACGGACAUGAAGGCGGAUAUGUUGAUCUCGCGUGAGGAGACGUUUGCGCCGAUCGCGGCUCUGUAUAGGUUUGAGACGGAAGAGGAGGCUGUGAAAUGGGCAAAUGACACCAGUAUGGGCUUGGCGAGCUAUGCGUUUACGAAGAAUGUAGAUCGUUUGUGGAGGAUGCUGGAGAAUCUGGAGGCGGGCAUGAUCGGGUUGAAUACUGGUAACUCGUCUGCUGCGGAAUCUCCAUUCGGUGGCAUCAAAGAAUCUGGGUAUGGCAAGGAGAGCGGCAAGGACGUUGCUGUUGCGGAAUAUUUGAUCACCAAAACCGGCACUUUUACCGUGGAGGGCCAGUACUAG